CUGCUCAACAGAGAAGGAAUUACAAGAACGUCGCCGACGCACUUAUCAGGAUAGUGAGAGAGGAAGGAGUGCUGAAACUAUGGCGUGGGGCAACACCCACCGUUGGGCGAGCCAUGGUGGUCAACGCGGCGCAGCUUAGCACAUACUCGCAGGCGAGAGAGAUAUUCGUGGCGUACGUGCCAGACGGCAUAUUCCUUCACUUCUGCGCGUCCAUGGUGUCCGGCCUGAUCACCACCAUCGCCUCCAUGCCUGUGGACAUCAUCAAGACUAGAAUCCAAAACGCGGCCAAAGGUCAAAGCCAGUUAGGCGUGGUGACGAACCUACUCCGCAACGAGGGCGUACUGUCUCUAUGGAAGGGCUUUCUGCCUUACUACGCUCGUCUCGGCCCGCACACCGUGUUGACUUUCAUAUUCCUGGAGCAAAUGAACGCUGCGUACUUUAAGUACACAUAGACUGGACUAUACAGGGUGAGUCGGGGUUGCCAAGAUUAAAAAAGGAUUUUAAAAAUUUUUUUUAGAGUUGCUGUUUCACGAAGUGCUCAAAUUUUUGGAAUAUUAAAAUUUGUAGAAGUCAAAAUUGUACAGCUAAUGUUAAACAUUUUUAGGAAAUGUCAACAUUUCGCUGUUAUAGCCUAAAGCGUAAUCAAAACGCUGACGUUUGUGUAUGUAUAUCUGUCUCACAUAUCAAAGAUAAUGUGAUACGAUAGGAUAUUCGUUUGAUAUUUCAGUCAGACUAAAUAUUGAACAUUUUGGAUGCUUUUACUACGUUAUCUGAUAACGAUAUAAAAGUGUUGCCGAACGGAUUACAAUAAUCGUUGGGUUAACAUUUUUCUGCCUGCCUUAAAUUAAAAUGUAAGUUGUGAAAUGUGAUGCAGCCCUGUAUCGAGCAAGCAGCAAUUUGAACGUUGGCAACCCUAUGCUAAGAUUUGAAGUGAACAUAAAUUUGGAUUGAGACGUGAUUUUAAUAAUAUUUAUAUCAUAAUAUGGUUUUACUAGCAGAAUCGAAGCUGGUAAUGAAUUGUCUCCCAUAAUUUUCGGGAUUCAAAUAAGUUUGACACUCCUAUGACACUGCAUAGAACGCUGUGCCUUUAUAAGUAUACAGGGAUGCUGAUAUAAUGUGAAUGGGUAGACAUAUUUGAUCAUUUUGCUUAGUCUAUGACAUAUGCAUGAAGUGACAAGCGUCUCAGUGUUGCCUGUUCAUAAUUUAUUUGAGGCUGUUUUAGAAUUCCGAAACAAAACUAUCCGAUGACGAAAAUUUAUUUAUUCUCAUGAAAUGUUAAAAUGUGUACAUGUAAAGUGUUUCGUACAUUCGUAGAAUGUCACAAAUGAAAAAAAAUGCGUAAAAAUGUCAAUAAGUUGCUAAAAAGCUUGCUCAAGCAAAAUUAAACUAUAAACGACCAAAUUAAAAAAUGAAAUAUACACAUCUUGAACUGUUACAGCUUUUUUUUUGUUAAAAGUAAGAUUACAUGUAAGUACUACAUUUUUGUUAUCUGUGAGUAUAUAUAUUUUUUAAUUAUUUAAUUAAAAUCUUUUCUACAUAAUAUCUGAUUUAUAUUUGUUGCUGUCUAAUAAAUUUA